UAAAUAAAUAAAAUUAAACAUUUAUUUAUUUAUUACAGUCAUUUUAUUCCGAUCAUUUGUUUAUGUUUUAUUAUCAAAAGUUCAAUAACUUAUUUUAGAAUUUAAUAUUCAAGCGAGUUUUAAAACUAUUUGGCGAAAUAAAUAAUUAUGAAGAGACGAAAUGUCGAUUUAUCAAAAUUAAGACGGCCACCAUUGAAACAGCAGAGGACGAGAGUGGCAGACGGCAUCUACCAGAGCAUUGCCACGUACAUGAAGAUACUUACAGUCUGGGCCCUAAUUUUGAUGGUUGACUUUUUCAUUGAAUUUCGUUUUGAGUACCUCUGGCCAUUUUGGUUGCUGCUGAGAAGUUUCUACGACUCCUUCAAGUACCAAGGACUUGCAUUUUCGAUGUUUUUCUUGUGCAUAACGAUUACAUCAGACGUCGUCUGCUACUUAUUCAUACCAGUGCAGUUCCUCUUCUUUACCGCCAGCACAUACGUCUGGGUACAGUACGUCUGGCAGACAGAAAGAGGGGUAUGUCUGCCCACCGCCCUUUUGUGGCUACUGUUCCUGUAUGUUGAGGCAGUUGUUCGACUGAAAGAACUCAAAAACCUGUCCUUCUCCAUGGAUCUCUGUAGACCCUUCGCUGCUCAUUGUGUUGGUUACCCAGUAAUAACAAUGGGUUUCAGUAUAAGGGGCAGUAUUUCAUAUAGAUUUCGACUGAGGAAGCAGAAAGAGGUUCAGAAAGAGAACCACUUUUACAUGCAACUCUUAGAAGACGCCCUCCCUCCCCUCCUCCCGUCGAUUACGUCACCAUCCUCGUCGUCGUCAUCCCCCUCAUCAUCAUCUUCCUCAUUGACGUCUAACAUCAACAACGUUAAACUGCCAUCCAUAUGUGGCGAUGAUGCCAGUAACAACGACGACAACAACAACAACAAUAACACUAUCGCGGUUAAAAGUAAUUCUAGUAACAAUAAAUGUUAG